AAAUAUUCACAUCUGAAAGUCUUUGGUUAGAUCAGUGAUAUGGUUAUGUGUUAUGAAAAUCUUAUUAUAAAUAUCACAUAUUUUCCAAAAAAUGGAUUUAAAAGCUGUAGUCGUUUCUGGAGAAGCUCCAGAGUCUGAUGAUGAUGCGUCGAACAUUGUCACUGGCCUAGGAAUUCCUACUAUGCGAACCCCGUCAACUUAUUGUGGUACCAUUAUCUCAGGCGAAGCACCAGAAUCUGAUGAUGAUCUAACAAGUUUGAGUAGUGUUAGCGGAGCGAUAGAUGCCAUGGCAUGUCCUCCUUACAUGGAUCUUAAGAUACCAAAAUCUAAAAAGAGUUCGAUCAAGUACAAUAGUUUACUUCACAAAAAAUUAUACGAAUGCAAUGAAACCUUGGAUAGAGACGUUCUGCAAAUGACCGAGGGCGCAAUCACAACCAGCGUACAGGAAUUGUCUGCUGUUAAUCGACAGUUGCUGAGAAGUGAAUUGGUGUUACAAGAGGCUGUGUGCCAAUUGCGCAAUGCGACCGGUCGGGUGAAGGACGCCUCCGACGCUCUACAUCAACUCAUAGACGACAACUUCUUGCAUUCCGUUAAAACUUAACUUUUCUCUGUUAAACUUAAUUAUUAAAAGUGCGUCUCUAUUCUUAAGAUAUACAUGUAGCAAUGAGUAACAGGUAUGUGCUUAGUAUAUAAUGCCAUCCUCGUGAAUACCGCGCAUUGAAUGCCGGUGUUAAAAAGAAAUGCGUUUUCCUCUUUGAGAUCGGGGACAUUGUUGAGCAUUAAUCGAUCUUCCCUUUAACUGGCAGUACUAUUUAAUAAUGCGUCCUUCUUAUACUUUCCAACGCGUCGUCUCCUUCGAGAAUAGUAUAUCAAUCACAUCAAUUCAUUAUAAACUAAUACCCUAAGAUCGAUCUGCGAAACUAAAUAUAUUGUGCCUGAUAUAUUUAACAAUACAUUUGAUCAUACAAUCAGAUAGCAAGUAGUUCGAUACCGGUUGUUGUUUCGCCGGCCUUUUACACCGCCGUAAAUUUCACUCGGCGGUGGUAUUCUAAUACAAAUAUAUGUAAUGCGAUUAUAAUGCGCAAGAGGCAUGUGAUAAUUAUAUUACGAGAUAUACAAUAUAUAUAUACAUAUAUAUGUAUAUUAAAGAACGUCACGAUAUUGAUACUGGGCAUUUCUGCGGAGAAUAGACAUACACUUUCGUUACAGUUUUAGAAAA